AUGUCGCAAAUUGCUUCCAAGAACAUUUACGAGCUGCUGGGCAAUGACCCCGAGCUCGACCCCGACAGGCCGGCUGACCCACCGACGAGGGCAAUUGAGAAGCCCGUCAUGAGGCAUGGCAAGCGCGAUGGACCCGACGCUCCCAAGCCCAUGCCCGAGAGGCUGAGCCACCAGAACCGUGCCAAGCAGACCGACAACGCCAACGAGAACGCUUUCCGGGAUCGCGGCGUCGGCUCUGACAAGAACCGUGGAAGGGGAUCUGGCGAGCCUACUGGUGCUUCAACUCGCGGCCGCGGCCGUGGUCGCGGUGGACGCGCAGGAGGCCGCGGUGGUGCUGCUCGUGCCGAGGGUGACCGUCAUAGCAGGACUGGCAUCGCCGACCACGACAAGCAGGCCGCACACGGCUGGGGCGGAAACGACGGCAACGCUGAGCUCGCUGACGAGCAGGCUGGCGAGGCCAUUGCCCAGGCCGAAGAGAAGGACGCCAUCAAGGAGGACGCUGAGGACGCCGCCGAGGCCGAGCCUGAGGACAAGAGCAAGUCCUACACCGCCUACCUCGCCGAGUUGGCGGAGAGGAAGCUCUCUCUUGCCGCCCAGAACGUCCGCAAGGCCAACGAGGGCAGCAGCAAGAAGUUCCCUGAGGGCACUGCCCUCGCCCGUGAGGAGCAAGAAGACUUCAUGGCCGGUUCCCAGGGCAAGGCCAAGCGCGAGCGCGCCCGCAAGGAGAAGGUCCACGUUGAGCUCGACGGUGACCGUAUGCUUGCUCCCCCUCCCCGCGAGGGCGGUGCCCGUGGAGGACGCGGCCGUGGCCGUGGCGAGUUCCGCGGCGAGGGUCGUGGCCGCGGUGGUGAGUCCCGUGGCGAGGGACGUGGUCGCGGCGAAGGUCGUGGCGAAUUCCGCGGACGUGGACGUGGUGGUGAGGGACGUGGACGUGGCGAAGGCCGUGGUCGUGGAGGCCGCGGUGGUGCCCCGUCCAGCAUCAACAUCACCGAUUCCAGCGCCUUCCCCAGCCUGGGCGCAUAG